CUCAAAUAAAAUCCCAGUCCCUGAAACGAGACCAACACACAGCCAGCCGUGGACUCUAUCUCUCUCUCUCUCUCUCUCUCCAUGUUUGAUGUCCAUCGGAACCCUAGCUUGCCCCGGCGAGCUUCUCCGGCUACCGAUGAUCUCUUUCCGGGUAAGAUUCUUCGAUACGCUUCGUUCUUGUAUCUGAUGCAUUCGGUGCGGUUCUUGUCCGAUCCAAGACCUGGUUCCACAGGAGGAGAAAGACGCUAAUUCGUUGAUAUCAACCCCUUUUAAUUAUGGAACUUAUCAAAUCUGUAUCAUAUUUGAAGGCUUCAAUACUGUACAGCCCGCGCAAGUAGUUUUUAUUUUUCGAUUUGUAAAUUUUGUACAGAUAGGGUUUGUAGAUAGAACUGGUGCGAGAGUGGAGGAGAUUUUUGGAUUUGAACGUUGGAAUUUGUGAAGUUUUGAGGGGUUAAAAGGUUAUUAGGAGGUAAUUGGGGUCUGGGUUCAAUCGAAUUGUGUCAAAGUUGGGAAAUUUGAGUCGUUGAGAAGGUGGCUAAGAUGAAUUUGAGCACUGCCGAGGAAGAAUCGGCGCAAGAAAUCCAUAUUCCCGCUGAAAUUGAUUGGCAAAUGCUUGAUAAAUCCAAGUUCUUCUUCCUCGGAGCAGCUCUUUUUUCGGGUGUAUCGGCGACUCUUUACCCUGUUGUGGUGUUGAAAACCCGCCAACAAGUAGCUCAAUCCCAAGUUUCUUGCCUCAAAACUGCGAUUUCAAUGGUUAGGCACGAGGGUUUUAGGGCAUUGUACAGAGGAUUUGGGACUUCUUUGAUGGGUACAAUACCUGCCCGGGCGCUGUACAUGGCAGCGCUUGAGGUCACUAAGAGUAAAGUCGGAACUGCCACGAUUAGGUUAGGGUUUUCAGAGUCCACAGCAGCCGCCAUUGCCAAUGCAGCUGCAGGGUUGAGUGCGGCAAUGGCUGCACAGAUUGUGUGGACUCCAGUUGAUGUUGUGAGUCAGAGACUCAUGGUGCAAGGUGGUGUGAAAUCAAGUUCCAAAUAUCCUAAUGCAUCUGAUUGUAAAUAUGUUAAUGGGAUCGAUGCAUUCAGGAAAAUUAUUAAGACGGAUGGACCAAGAGGAUUGUAUAGAGGGUUUGGGAUAUCUAUUUUGACAUAUGCACCAUCCAAUGCAGUUUGGUGGGCAUCUUACUCUAUUGCUCAAAGAAUGGUUUGGGGUGGAGUUGGGUAUCAUUUUUGUAAGAAAAGUGAUGGAAGCAAUGAGGAUGGGGUUACCACAUAUACACCAGAUUCGAAAAUAAUAAUGGUAGUUCAGGGAGUCAGUGCAGCCAUGGUUGGCAGCAUGUCAGCCCUAAUCACAAUGCCCCUCGAUACAGUUAAGACAAGGUUGCAAGUUUUGGAUGGGGAGAAUGUGGAAGACUCUGUGCUGGCAAAUAGGGCUGAGGAUAGCAAUGGGACUAGUGGACGAAGUGCCCGCAAAGUAGUGACUCCCCUGGCUCAUAUGCCUUAUGGUGAUCAGUUGGAGCAUAAGAAGAACUCUCUUAUGCAGAUUCUCAAAGGACUUACUAGAAAUGCUCGCAAAGUUUGUCCUGAUGGUAUUCCACUUUCAGAAUGGAUUCUCAAGUCUAGGGAGAUAGGUGGUCUUCCAUGCAGUUUAGAGGGUAUACUAGCAUCCCCAGUUGUAAACGGAUAUCGUAACAGGUGUGAAUUUUCAGUUGGAUAUUCUCUACAGAGAAAAAUAACUGUGGGGUUUAUGCUCAGAAUUUUAGGGAGGGUGUUACAGCAGUUGAAGAACCUUUUGACUGCCCAAUCGUUUCCAGAAUUUCUUGCAAAUAUGCCUCUAUCUUUCAGGAGUUUCUGCAACAUUCAAGUUUACCAGUUUGGAACAGAUUUAAGAAUAUUGGAUUCUGGCGUCAACUGACGGUUCGAGAAGGUAGGAGACCAGGCAUGGCCUCUAAUGCUGAAAAUUUUGAGGCCAAUAUUGCAGAGGAGCUACUGCCAGUUCGCCAUAUUGCCUCUAACAGCUUUAGUUAUACAGGAUCACCGAGGAAUAUCAAAGGCAGCACCGGCUGAUGCUCCAUUGCGCUCAUUAUCCAUUUCAAAAGGAGAAGAUAGUUCUGAAAUGCAGGCCACCGACAAUGUUAUAGAAGCAAAAAAAUUCAUGACUAUAUAAGAAAUCUUCGGUUCUGCAUAUCACAAACAGCAUUUUUCCAGGUCAAUACCCUUGCUGCAGAGAAGCUAUACUCUCUUGCAGGGGAUUGGGCUGAGUUGGGUCCUGAUACCUUGCUAUUUGAUGUAUGCUGUGGGACUGGAACAAUUGGGCUGACUUUAGCACAUCAUGUUGGCAUCAGGGGCCAAACUGUACCCCAGGAGGGACCUUCAAGAGGUCCAGCUAGCUCGGACCAGCUGCAGUCGAGUGCACAGGAAUCCACCACCAGGCCUACUCCUAGCUCCCACGCUACUUCCAAGAUGUAGAAUUUAUUGUAAAUUACUUAAAGUCUUGUAAAUAAUUAGUAACUGCUCUGAUAUCUGGUUGGUUUAGAUAACCAGAACUGGUGAAUAUUUAGUUACCCUAUUCUGGCA